UGCUUCAGGACGGACGGUUUGCUGGUUGAAUGAGACGAAAUCCGAUAGUGGGCCUCUGUCACUCACUUAGACUCUGGGACGCGACGCGUCGCAGCAUCUGAUUGACGAGGAGAACGAAGAUCCUUCGACUGAGGCGGCCAACUUCAAUUUCGAAAAUUGUUGUUUGGUGGAUCGCGUGUGUAGAACGAGAUGAUUCUGUGUGCUAUGCUUGAAAAUCGCCAGAGGUGGUAGGAAUUUGAGGCGUACAGGAAUAAUGACAAACAGUCGACUUGUCACCCUUGCUCUUGUCAAUUGCGCAGCUCUUUUGGAACGGGCAGACGAGGCUUUACUUCCCGCUGUGUAUGACGAGGUCGGUCGUGCGUUCCAAAUAUCUCCGUCACAGCUCGGGUCUUUGACUUUCAUUCGAGGAUUGGUGCAGGCGCUCGCCUCUCCGUUAGCUGCCUAUCUUGCUCUUACUCACAAUCGCAUUCAUGUAGUGGCUAUCGGUGCCUUCGGAUGGGGCCUCGCAACUGCAGCAGUUGGUUUGUGUACGACGUACUGGCAGGCCGCCAUUGUGAAAGUGUUCAAUGGGAUUGGCCUGGCCAUAGUCGUGCCAGCAAUUCAGUCCAUUGUGGCUGAUAUGCACGAAGAGAAUGAGAGAGGAUUGGGAUUUGGAUUUCUCCAUGGAACUGGGCAGUUGGGUGUCAUGUUGGGAGGAAUUUUUGCCACGGUACUGGCUGGACAAGGAAUAAUUCUUGGCGUGGACGGAUGGAGACUUGCAUUCUUUUUGGUGGCGGUCGUCAGCAUCGCGCUUGGAUUUGCUAUCCUCAGCUUCGCGAACGUCGACGAUAAUGUUCCACAUAAAACCCAAAUCAGUGAUAGAGAGAAGCUGAUCGAUGGAGCAGAGGUUGACGUGCCUCAGGAAGCGCAUAGUUUUUCGGAAUUAUGGAAGGGAACACUGCGGGUGGUUAAAAUCAAAACUUUCCAAGUCAUAGUAGCACAAGGGGUUGUGGGCCAAACCCCAUGGAAUGCCAUGGCUUUUUUCACUUUGUGGCUGGAGCUUCUAGGUUUUAGAAAUUCUCAGGCCGCAUUCCUUGUGGCAUUGCUCUCCGUAGGCAAUAUGCUUGGGUCAGUGUUUGGUGGCUGGAUCGGUGAUGUCGCUGCCAAGCAUUUCCCAGACUCCGGUCGUAUUAUGUGUUCACAGUUCUCUGCAGGUGUUGGGAUUCCUCUGUCGGCAAUUCUGCUGCUGAUUAUACCCCAAGAUGUAGCAUACGGUUGGUUGUAUGGGACUAUAUUCUUCUUUAUGGGUUUCCUCAUGUCCUGGAACUCUCCCGCAACCAACUGGCCGAUCUUCGCUGAGAUAGUUCCUGCGAAGCUCCACACUACUGUCUAUGCCGUCGAUUUGGCAUUCGAGAAGUCGCUUGCAGCUCUGGGUACUCCACUAGUCGGUGUCUUAGCGGAGCAGCUCUUCGGCUUCUCCACUUCGGAAUCUCAGCCGGAUGCCAAAAACGCUGAAGCUCUUGCGAAGGGGGUUUUUGCACUAGUAGCAGGGCCCUUUUCUGUGUGCCUUGUUGUGAUCUCGUUCCUGUACUGGACAUACCCGAAAGACCGUGACAGAGCCAGGAAGGAGAGUGCAGAUUUAGACUAGCCCUUUAUUUCAGAUGUGUUGUCUCUAUACAGUAAAUUUCUGGGUUCAACAGUGAGAUCUGGACUCUUCGGCAUUUCUUCUCUCCGCAAGGUAGUUCACCCACGUAGAUCUUCUCACCACCCUACUGUAAAUACGCCCUCGAAAGGGCAACAUGGCGAGUGCGAACUUCGAAGACUGUCCGAGAAGACGUCCAUAUUCCUGUUCCCGUACAAUCGACACUUUGGAGGAUAUGUGCCACGUAAUCGGUGACCUUGUCAACGUCAGGGCUAGCUGCAUUCCAUCGAGUCCAUAUUGUCACCUUGCGUUUUGCUUAUAAAGUGAUCCGUUGGUAAAGGAAGACCAACGCUUUCACCCAGAUGAAACUGACGCCUCGGGACUCCUCGUCCCUUGCACUUCAGUCUUCAUUGUCUUACCCAAGUCCCAUAGAGGAGAUACUGAAAUCGCCCAGCGAGUGUUGAUAGCUGCUUGGCAUGUCAUAAACUAUAAAACUGUGUACAUUUAGUUAUGGAGAUGGUUGAGGAGGAGAUUCCUAGUAGUUACUGAGGUAAGUGCAUGGCCUCUUGUCAUCACCCUCUCUCGUACUCCUGUCAAUAUUAUAUUGCGUGCACCGCACUGAAGGUACAGUAAUCGCCCGGUACGAGUAUCGAUGGCUG